CAGGCCCCAGCCCUCCUCCCUCAGAUCCAGGAGUCCAGGUCCAGCCCUCCUCCCUCAGAUCCAGGAGUCCAGGCCCCAGCCUCCUCCCUCAGAUCCAGGAGUCCAGGCCCCAGCCUCCUCUCUCAGACCCAGGAGUCCAGGCCCCAGCCUUCCUCCCUCAGAUCCAGGAGUCCAGGCCCCAGCCUUCCUCCCUCAGAUCCAGGAGUCCAGGCCCCAGUUUUCCUCCCUCAGAUCCAGGAGUCCAGGCCCCAGCCUCCUCUCUCAGACCCAGGGUCCGGAUCCCAACAUUCCUCUCGCAGACCUCGGGCUCCAGGCCCCAGCUUCCUGCCUCACAGCCAGGAAUCCAGGCCCCCAUAACAACCUCUUCUAGGGACCCCAGCAUCCGCACCCAGUCCUUCCAUGGACUCAUCUCUCCCAAAGCAAACACCUUGCCCCAGUGUCACGGUGGGAUCCCGAGCCUGCUGCCGGGCCCGCCCCCCCUCUGCGGUCCCUCCCACUUUUCCCAAACAAAGCUCCCGGCAACUUUCUCCCGGUCUUGCCCCGCCCGCCCGCGGCUCCCCUGCCCAGGCCGGGAGGCCCAAAUGGGGGAACCCCGGACUGGGGCCCCCCUGGACGAUGGCGGGGGCUGGACGGGCAGUGAGGAAGGCAGCGAGGAGGGGACUGGAGGCAGUGAGGGUGUUGGAGGCGACGGGGGCCCUGAUGCAGAGGGUGUGUGGAGCCCUGACAUCGAGCAGAGUUUUCAGGAGGCCCUGGCCAUCUACCCUCCCUGUGGCCGCCGAAAGAUCAUCCUAUCGGAUGAGGGCAAGAUGUAUGGCCGGAAUGAACUCAUUGCCCGUUACAUCAAGCUGAGGACAGGGAAGACAAGAACCCGCAAGCAGGUCUCCAGUCACAUCCAGGUUUUGGCUCGAAGGAAAUCGAGAGAAAUCCAGUCCAAGCUAAAGGACCAGGUCUCCAAGGACAAGGCAUUCCAGACCAUGGUGACCAUGUCGUCGUCGUCGGCACAGCUGGUCCCUGCGCCUUCGCUGCAGGCCAAGCUGGGUCCUUCUGGCCCUCAGGCCACUGAGCUUUUCCAGUUCUGGUCAGGGGGCUCUGGGCCGCCAUGGAAUGUUCCAGACGUGAAGCCGUUCCCACAGACACCGUUCUCUGUGUCACUGACUCCCCCAUCCACUGACCUACCAGGGUAUGAGCCGCCCCCAGCCCUCUCACCCCUGCCCCCGCCUGCUCCGUCUCCCCCAGCCUGGCAGGCUCGGGCCCUGGGCACCGCGCGCCUGCAGCUGGUGGAGUUCUCAGCUUUUGUGGAACCACCGGAUGCAGUUGACUCGUUCCAGAGGCACCUGUUUGUCCACAUCAGUCAGCAGUGUCCCAGUCCCGGAGCACCGCCCCUGGAGAGUGUGGACGUACGGCAGAUCUAUGACAAGUUCCCUGAGAAAAAGGGUGGCCUCCGGGAGCUGUAUGACCGAGGGCCACCCCACGCCUUCUUCCUGGUCAAGUUCUGGGCGGACCUGAACUGGGGCCCAAGUGGUGAAGAGGCAGGGGCCAGUGGAGGCAGCGGUGGCUUCUAUGGAGUGAGCAGCCAGUAUGAGAGCCGGGAGCUCAUGACACUUACCUGCUCCUCCAAGGUCUGCUCCUUUGGCAAGCAAGUGGUGGAGAAGGUGGAGAGCGGGCCCAGCUGGAGGAUGGGCGCUUCGUGUACCGCCUGCUGCGUUCCCCCAUGUGUGAGUACCUGGUUAAUUUCCUACACAAGCUGCGGCAGCUGCCUGAACGCUACAUGAUGAACAGUGUCUUGGAGAACUUCACCAUCCUCCAGGUGGUGACAAACAGGGACACGCAGGAACUGCUGCUGUGCACGGCCUACGUCUUCGAGGUCUCCACCAGUGAACGCGGAGCCCAGCACCACAUCUACCGCCUGGUCAGGGACU